AGUGUUCAAAAGAGCAUCUGUCCUCAUGAGCAUCUGUUCUAAUGCAGCCAAUGGUCAUGCAGGGAUGCUCUUUCACCCUCCCGAGAUGUCAUGAGUGGCAUGCUACAGGCCAACCACGUCGCAACAGCACCUCCCACACACAGUCUCAGGUUAAAACAGCCCAGGAUGGCUCCGUGCCGGCCUGUGUGAGCCAGCAGCCUCCAAACGGCGCCGUUGGGCCGCAGAUGCCUCUGGAGAUGAAUCUGUGCUGGAAUGAAAUUAAAAAGAAGUCGCACAGCCUUCGGGCUCGUCUGGAGGCCUUCUCGGACCACAGUGGCAAGCUGCAGAUUCCCUUGCAGGAGAUCAUCGACUGGCUCAGCCAGAAAGACGAGGAGCUGUCAGCUCAGCUUCCGCUCCAGGGGGACGUCGUCCUGGUGCAGCAGGAAAAGGAGAGGCAUGCGGCAUUCAUGGAAGAAGUGAAGUCUCGCGGCCCGUACAUUUACUCUGUCCUGGAAUCGGCUCAGGCCUUCCUCACUCAGCACCCAUUUGAAGAAGCAGAGGAAUCCAGUCCCAACAAUAAAGAUGCCUCCCCAAGACACCGCAUCCAGAACGUCAGCCGUUUUGUGUGGAAGCAGGCGACCGUCGCCAGUGAACUGUGGGAGAAGCUCACCGCCCGCUGCGUCGACCAGCACCGCCACAUCGAGCGGACCCUGGAGCAGCUGCUGGAGAUCAAGGGCACCAUGGAAGAGCUCAGCGCCACCCUCGACCAAGCGGAGAGCGUGCGAGAGACGUGGGAACCCAUCGGCGACCUCUUCAUUGACUCGUUGCCAGAACACAUCCAGGCCACCAAGCUGUUUCAAGAGGAGCUCUCCCCGAUGAAAGAUGGAGUGAAGCUUGUGAACGACCUGGCUCAUCAGCUGGCUAUCUCAGAUGUGCACUUGUCCAUGGAGAACUCUCGCGCCCUGGAACAGAUCAACACCCGCUGGAAACAGCUGCAGGUCUCCGUCAAUGACCGGCUGAAGCACCUCCAGGAUGCCCACCGGGACUUUGGGCCAGGAUCGCAGCACUUCCUGUCAACCUCAGUCCAGGUCCCCUGGGAAAGAGCAAUUUCUCCCAAUAAAGUCCCAUACUACAUCAACCACCAAGCACAGACAACAUGCUGGGACCACCCCAAGAUGACAGAGCUGUACCAAACACUGGCGGAUCUGAACAACAUCAAGUUCUCUGCUUAUCGUACAGCCAUGAAGUUGCGCCGUGUGCAGAAAGCUCUGAGAUUGGACAUGGUGACCCUUCCCACCGCCUUGGAGGUCUUCACGGAACAUGAGCUGCAGUCCAGCGACCAUGUGAUGGACGUGGUCGAGGUGAUUCACUGCCUGACCGCCCUCUACGAGCGGCUGGAGGAGGAGAGGGGCAUCCUCGUGAAUGUCCCCCUCUGUGUGGACAUGACCCUCAACUGGCUGCUCAAUGUUUUUGACAGCGGACGCAGCGGGAAGAUGCGGGCGCUCUCCUUCAAGACGGGCAUAGCAUGUCUGUGUGGCACGGAGGUGAAGGAAAAAUUCCAGUACCUUUUCGGCCAAAUGGCAAACACCAGCGGACUGUGUGAUCAGCGGCAUCUCGGCCUCUUGCUCCACGAAGCCAUCCAGGUUCCACGGCAGCUGGGAGAGGUGGCGGCCUUUGGAGGAAGCAACGUGGAGCCCAGCGUCCGCAGCUGUUUCCGCUUCAGUAAUGGAAAACCAGCAAUCGAGGUGGCCCAGUUCCUGGAGUGGGCUAACCUUGAGCCGCAGUCCAUGGUGUGGCUGGCUGUUCUGCACCGAGUGACCAUCGCCGAGCAGGUGAAACACCAGACCAAGUGCUCCGUUUGCCGGCAAUGCCCCAUCAAAGGCUUCAGAUACCGAAGCCUCAAACAAUUCAAUGUGGACAUCUGUCAGACCUGCUUCUUGACGGGACGAGCCAGUAAAGGCAACAAGCUGCAUUAUCCCAUUAUGGAGUACUACACGCCGACCACAUCUAGUGAGAACAUGAGGGACUUUGCCACCACUCUGAAGAACAAGUUCCGGACAAAGCAAUAUUUCAGCAAACAUCCCCAGAGAGGCUACCUGCCAGUCCAAUCUGUGUUGGAGGCAGACUUCAUUGAAACGCCCGCUUCCUCUCCAAUGCUGCCUCAUGCUGACACCCACUCUCGGAUUGAGCACUUUGCUAGCAGGCUUGCCGAAAUGGAAAGCCAGAAUUCCUCUUUUUACAAUGACAGCCUUUCUCCAGAUGACAGCUUGGAUGAAGACCAGUACCUUCUACGCCAUUCCAGCCCCAUCACGGACAGAGAACCCGUCUGCAGCCAGCAGCCCCAAGACAGCUCCGACACAGACGAUAAAGGCGAGCUGGAGAGAAUCCUGGCCCAUCUGGAGGAUGAAAACAGGGUUCUCCAGGGAGAACUGAAGCGUCUGAAAUGGCAGCACGAGGAGGCGGCAGAGUCAGCAGAAGGAGCACCGGAAUCGGCCCAGGACCCCCACAAUGAAGAGCUGCUGGCAGAGGCCCGGAUCCUGCGGCAGCACAAAAGCCGCCUGGAAACCCGCAUGCAGAUCCUGGAAGACCACAACAAGCAGCUGGAGUCUCAGUUGCAGCGCCUGAGGGAGCUGCUUCUGCAGACACCAGCAGAUUCCAAAGGAGAUGGUUCUGCCGCCUCAUCCUUGGCGUCUUCUCCCUACCCAUCAGAGGAGACUCAGCCCACUGAAAAAGACCCCGGCACUCCAAACACAGAAACGGCAGAUGAGGUAGAAGUGAGUACUCAGGACGUCAGCCUGUGUUUGGAGGAUAUCAUGGAGAAGCUGCGGAACGCUUUCCCCAGCUCUGGAGGGCAAAGACCACACCCUCUGGCCUUCUUGAAGAAGUCUUUCAAGUUCUCCUAGAGGCUUUUUAAGCUCAGAAAACUGGCAGCAGCUGGUAUUAGCCAUUGUGUUAAAACUUGCUCCUUGCCUGGCUGUUUACAAAAUCGGUGUCUGGCAGUCCAAACCUCUAACCUGAUGUUAACUGCUUUGUCAGUGUAGCGGUAUUAAUCCACCAGGUGUAAAUGC